AUGUGCCCAGGGAACCUUGUCACCUGCUCAAUUGAUAUAGUGGUCAAUGAGGUUCUAAGAGGGAUCAAGAAGGGAACAGAAACAAAUAUGGGUGACUCAAAUCCUCAUGGAGAACAACAGUACUUGGACUUGGUGAAGAGAAUCCUUGAGUCAGGAGAAGAAAGAGAAGACCGUACUGGUGUAGGAACCCUAUCAGUUUUUGGGGCACAGAUGAGGUUCUCUCUAAAUGAUGGACACAUUCCAUUACUCACUACCAAGAGGGUGUUUUGGAGGGGAGUUUUGGAGGAACUUCUCUGGUUCAUUCGCAGUUCUACAAAUGCCAAGGAGCUUCAAGAAAAAAGAGUGCACAUAUGGGAUGGAAAUUCAUCUCGUAAAUUCCUUGAUUCUCUGGGCUUCCAUCAUCGAGAAGAAGGUGAUUUGGGUCCUGUCUAUGGCUUCCAAUGGAGGCAUUUUGGAGCUAAAUAUCAAGGUAUGCAUAGUGAUUACACUGGACAAGGAGUGGACCAACUUCAAAAUUGUAUCAAUGACAUCAAGAACAAUCCCUGGAGUCGCCGGAUAAUUCUGUGUGCAUGGAACCCUCAAGAUCUACCUCUGAUGGCUCUACCUCCAUGCCAUCUUCUCUUCCAGUUUUAUGUAGGAGAGGGAGGGAAGUUGAGCGGUCAUUUGUACCUCCGCUCUGCUGACAUGGGACUUGGGAUUCCUUUUAACAUUGCUUCAUACUCCCUCCUCCUCUCAAUGGUGGCACAUGUCACUAAUCUCAAGCCUCAUGAGCUGAUUGUGUCUCUUGGAGAUGCACAUGUGUACAAGACCCAUGUGGAUGCCCUCAAAGAGCAGAUCUUGAGGGAACCAAGACCAUUCCCCAAACUCCAAUUCAAGAGAAAGGUGCCUUCCAUUGAUGACUUUGUUGCAGAAGACAUUGAGAUUGAGAACUACAAUCCUCAUCCAAAGCUGAAGAUGGAUAUGGCUGUUUGAGGAAGCUGGCAACUUUAUUUUUCCUUUUGUGAGCAUCAGCAAUGGCUCCGUCUACAUUCCUGAACAUGACAUGUGCCAGC